AUGCCUUCCGCCGCACCGCCUCGCGACGCGCCCCCCGCCGUCGCGACGUCCGCGGCGAGCGUGACGCCGCACCGAGUGGCGCUCGCGCUGCUUCUGCGCCUCCUCGCGGGCCCGUCGCACUCCGCCGAGCCCGGGCUGGCUGACGAACUCCGCGCGCGUGCCGCCCCGCCCUCCCCGCCGCCCUGCCGCGUGCGGCAGCGGCUGGCGCUCUUCCUGCUGCGCGAGACCAGGGCAGUGAACUCCUGGCACGAGCCAUCUCUGAGCGCGCUGCUGCUGCGACUGGCAGCGGAGGUGAAGGAGGGAAGGGGUGGGGGAGAGGCGGAGGCAGGCAAGGGGGGCCACGGAAAAAGGGGAGAGCGGGGCAGGAAUGCAGAGGCGGAGGGAGCGGAGGAAGGGGAGGAGGGGUGGGGUGAUGUGGGGGGGGUGCUGGUGCAGCAGCUGCAGGCGCUGCAGUCACCAGAUGACCUCUUCUCCCUCUUUGCCUCCCUGCACUGUGAGUGGGGCACUCGUGUGUGGUGCGGCGCGCAGCACGUCCCCUCCGCGCCACCGGGCAGCAUUUUGAGGCGCCUUAAAACCCAUGCUUGCCCUGUCCCCCGCCCCACCUCUCCCCCUCACGACCGUGUUGCAGCGUGUGUGGCGCGCAGCACGUCCCCUCCGCGCCACCGGGCGGCAGCAGCAGCGUCGCCCGCCUGCCAGCCUGUCACCCGCGGCAGUGCUCUCGGCCUCUUUCUUCGCUCGCUGCUGCUCUCCUUCCACCACCUGCCCUUCCAG